UUGCGGUGCUUCGCGCAGAGGUUCAUCGUCGUGUGUCGUUCAAGUCCAUUUGAGUUUACCCAAAAAUGCCGAGUCAAGAAGUCGUGACAACGAAAGUUGUGGUGCACCCGCUGGUGCUGUUGAGUGUGGUGGACCAUUUUAAUCGUAUGGGAAAAAUCGGAAACCAAAAAAGAGUGGUUGGUGUCCUUUUGGGCUGUUGGCGGGCUAAGGGUAUCUUGGAUGUGUCAAACAGCUUUGCAGUACCUUUCGACGAGGAUGACAAGGAUAAGAGUGUGUGGUUCUUGGACCAUGAUUACCUCGAAAACAUGUAUGGAAUGUUCAAGAAAGUUAAUGCUCGUGAGAAGGUAGUGGGUUGGUAUCAUACCGGGCCCAAAUUACAUCAAAAUGAUGUUGCCAUUAAUGAACUGAUAAGAAGAUACUGUCCCAAUUCAGUUCUGGUCAUCAUUGAUGCCAAACCAAAGGACCUUGGUCUUCCUACAGAGGCAUAUCAAGCAGUUGAAGAAGUACAUGAUGAUGGCUCCCCAACCUCCAAAACUUUUGAGCAUAUUCCUAGUGAAAUUGGAGCCGAGGAAGCCGAAGAAGUCGGAGUAGAGCAUUUACUGAGAGAUAUCAAAGAUACCACAGUUGGUACAUUAAGUCAAAGAAUCACGAACCAGCUGCUCGGUUUGAAAGGUCUUCACGAGCAGAUCCGGGAAAUUAGAGAUUACCUGCUUCAGGUUGGCAGCGGCAAGUUACCGAUAAAUCAUCAAAUCGUUUAUCAGCUUCAGGAUAUAUUUAAUUUGCUGCCGGAUAUGACCCAAAGCACCUUUGUCGAUUCGCUAUAUGUAAAAACGAACGAUCAAAUGUUAGUUGUAUAUCUAGCAGCUCUCGUUAGGUCCAUAGUGGCGUUACACAAUUUAAUUAACAAUAAGUUGACCAAUCGCGACGCUGAGAAGAAGGAGACGGAUAAGAAGGAAACGAAGAAGGAAGAGAAGAAGGAAGAGGAGAAGAAAGAGGAGAAGGCGAAAACCAAGAGCCAGUGAUCGGAGUACCUCUGAACCCGCUUAAUUGCGCGAUUGAUCGAGACUGUUAAAGUUGAGAACGUAUUAUUGAAUCCGCGUGUAAUAGUCGAGCCUGUCUACGAUUUGUAAAUUAAAUACAGAAGAUCUUUUGUAGAUUAAAUACAGAAAAUCGUACUCCAUUUAUAAACAACGAUACUUGAAGUAUGUAUCACGUUCAAUUGCAAACUGGCUCCCAAACUGAUUCCGAGAAUCCGUGAGGAUAUCUUCGAUUAGACGCGAAAGG